ACUCCGUCGCUCUACCCAGAGCGAUCUCAGACAACAGAAGCCAUUAGAAGCGAACGCCACUGCUUUUGACGAUGGCCAUAAUCGCCGAAUCGUCAGAUGAGAAUUCAAAAGCGCCGCCGUCCCCCGUCGCCCCGUCACUCCCUCGACAGCGAGGAAACUACUCAGACAAUUUGGAAACCCUAGCACAGGCUGCACCGUGGAUUGACGAUGCUCUGCAACAGGCGCGGCAGGCCCAGCAGACUGUAGAAACUGUAAUAGAGAGUGCAAUCACCGUAACCAAAUCUCGAUUGGAUCGUAUCCUGACCACAUCGUCUGCUCAUUUUAAUCAAACUCUUGAUUCCUUGCAAGAUGUUAAGGCUGAAUAUCAUUUAUAUGAGGACUUAACUUUUGGGAGGAUGAAAGAGGGUAUUUGUAUUGCAGCUUCACAUCCUCUGAUCACAACAGGAGCUUUUCUUAGCCUUGGAUUCUUGGGUCUGAAAAGACCAAGGCGAUUUUUGUACUACAAAGCAAGAAGCAUAUUUGUCAGUGAAGAGGCCAUGCUUUCUAAGGCUGAUGCAAAAGUCAAAGAGCUGAAGAAAUCCAUUGAUUUUCUGAAGGCAGAGAGUGAGAAAUGGGAGAAGAACGCAGUGCAAGCUGAACAGGAGCUGAUACGGGGAAAGACAAAAUUGAGACAAGCUGGGAAACAAAUUAGGAGUGUUAUUCGCUCUGCCUAUAAGAUAGAAAGACAAGCUGCAGGUCUGAAAGAUGUCCUCAAAGAGCUUCCACGAAGAGAAGCUUCUUUGUUUAGAUCACAAGUUUCCAACCUUGCUUCAGAGGCAAAGAAAGAAAGGAAUUUUCUUACUAAGGAGGUUACAAAAAUAAGCAAUCAUGGCAUCUCGGUCUGAUUCAACCAUUCUCUAUCCACAUACUCUCUCUAGUAGUAGUAGUUUGACAGAUGGAUAAUUGUAUAAACUGUUCCACCCAAAUAAAAGCAAUAUUUAGGAGUUGUGAUUAUGAAUUUACCAUGAGGGAGGGGAGAGGGGGGCUUCAUCCCACAGGAGAACAAGUUUUUCUUACAACUCUCAGUCAGGCCAGAUGGAAGUAUUGGCCUUUUUAGUGAUGGUGAAAUGUUCAGUCAGGCCAGAUGAAAUGCUCAGUAUCAGAAUGCCGUAUAAUAUGGCACUUUAAUUACUUGAAAUUAUUUUGAGGCAAGGCUUCAUAUGUUUAUCUUUUGACCUUAUUUUGUACGUUUUUAUCAUGACCAA